UGACUGCACGUAGGCGUGGGCUCGUCUCAGCAUCAUCAUCAUCAUCAUCACCACCACCACCACAGCAACAGCCUCCUCCUUCCUCCCUUUCCUCAUCCUCAUCCAACGAAGACGGAAAAGGCGCGUCUGUGAAUUUUAGCCAACAAAGCCAAGCGUCCCCUGCAAGAUGGAGGACGGCUACCAGAACCGGACGGCCUUCAUCAAAGGCGCCAAAGACAUCGCCCAGGAAGUCAAGCGUCAGGCCUCCAAGAAGGUGGCGCGCAGCGUGGACCGGGUCAACGAUGAGUACAGCCGCCGCUCCUAUAGCCGCUUCGAAGAAGAUGACGAUGACGACUACCCGGCGGGGGCGCGGGAUGGUGGCGGCGGCUAUUACCGCGGCGACAGCCAGGCGGCCAACGACGAGGAGGAGGGAGGACACAGUGACUCCACUGAGGGCCACGAUGAGGAUGACGAGAUCUAUGAGGGCGAGUACCAGGGCAUCCCCCGGGCUGAGUCGGGUAAGGGCAGCCUGGCCGGCGGUCCCGGAUCGGUCCCGCAACCCUUCCAAGACAUAGCGGCAUCCGAGGCGGCGAGGCGGAAAGACCAGGAGGAACUGGCGCAGCAGUACGAGAGCAUCCUUCAGGAGUGCGGCCACGGCAAGUUCCAGUGGACGCUCUACUUCGUGCUGGGAUUGGCGCUCAUGGCCGACGGCGUGGAGAUCUUCGUGGUGGGCUUCGUCCUGCCCAGCGCCGAGAAGGACAUGUGCCUCUCCGAGCCCAACAAGAGCAUGCUGGGUCUGAUCGUUUAUUUCGGGAUGAUGGUGGGGGCCUUCCUGUGGGGAGCCAUGGCCGACCGCAUCGGCCGUCGUCAGUCUCUUCUCAUCUCACUGUCCAUCAACAGCAUCUUCUCCUUCUUCUCGUCCUUCGUGCAGGGAUACAGCACCUUCCUCUUCUGCAGGCUCCUCUCGGGCGUCGGGAUCGGCGGCUCCAUUCCCAUCGUGUUCUCCUACUACUCGGAGUUCCUGACUCACGAGAAGCGAGGCGAGCACCUCAGCUGGCUCUGCAUGUUCUGGAUGAUCGGCGGCAUUUACGCGUCAGCCAUGGCUUGGGCCAUUAUCCCCCAUUACGGAUGGAGCUUCCAAAUGGGCUCAGCCUACCAGUUCCACAGCUGGCGCGUCUUCGUGCUGGUUUGCGCCUUCCCGUCGGUGGCCGCCAUCGCCGCUCUCAACGCCAUGCCCGAAAGCCCGCGAUUUUACUUGGAGAACGGCAAACACGACGAAGGCUGGAUGAUCCUCAAGCAAGUCCACGACACUAACAUGCGGGCAAAGGGACACCCGGAAAAAGUUUUCACUGUGACCACUAUCAAAACAGUGAAGCAGAUGGACGAACUGGUCGACAGCGGCACUGACACGCCCGUUUGGCAGCGCUACCGCCUCAAGAUGGUCAGCAUCUCUCAACAGAUCCGGAAUAACAUUCUGGCUUGCUUCAGCCCUGAAUUCAAGCGCACCACUUUCAUGCUCAUGGCUGUUUGGUUCAGCAUGUCGUUUAGCUACUACGGUCUCACCGUGUGGUUCCCAGACAUGAUCAAGUACAUCCAGAAGCAGGAGUACGAGUCACGCACCAAAACUUACAGCAAGGAGCGCGUGGAGCACGUCACCUUCAACUUCACGCUGGAGAACCAGGUGCAUCGCCAAGGCUACUACUUCAACGACAAGUUCCUCAACCUGAAGAUGAAGUCUAUGGUAUUUGAAGACUCAGUGUUUGAGGAGUGUUACUUCGAGGACAUCACAUCCACGCACACCGUCUUCCGCAACUGCACCUUCAUCGCUACCUUGUUUUAUAACACAGACUUUUUCAAGUACAGAUUUGUGGACUCCAAGUUGGUGAACAGCACCUUCCUGCACAACAAGGAAGGCUGCAUUCUGGACUUCAGCGACGACUUCAACAACGCCUACAUGAUCUACUUCGUCAACUUCCUGGGAACGCUGGCUGUGUUGCCCGGCAACAUCGUGUCGGCUCUUCUCAUGGACAAAAUCGGACGCUUGAGGAUGCUGGCGGGGUCCAGCGUCAUCUCGUGCGUCAGCUGCUUCUUCUUGAUGUUCGGAAACACCGAAUCGGGCAUGAUCGCUCUCUUGUGCCUCUUUGGCGGAAUCAGCAUCGCCUCCUGGAACGCUCUGGAUGUCAUCACCGUCGAGCUUUACCCGUCUGAUAAACGGACCACGGCAUUCGGCUUCCUCAACGCUUUGUGCAAACUGGCGGCCGUACUGGGCAUCAGCAUCUUCCAGUCCUUCGUGGGCAUCACCAAGGCCGUGCCCAUCCUCUUCGCAGCCGGCGCGCUGGCCGCAGGUAGCUUUCUGGCCACAAAGCUGCCCGAAACCCGAGGCCAGGUGUUGCAGUAGGAAGUGGCCUGUUAUAAACUCUGCAUCACCAUUUUCCGGGAACCCCAAAAUCCUCCUCGAUGUGGAUGACAUCAUCUCCUUCAAGGGGACGCGUAUCGACCUGUGGGGUCUCCCAUUUGUUUUAUGGUGCGGGCCAGUACGUGUGUUUUGCAUGGGGGUGUGUGUGAAAGAAAACUUGCGUCAUUCCACAACUUUUUCUUAAACCGGAAUACAGCCAAUUGGUUCUGAAGAGCAGAAUGUACUGAGAGUAGACAGUUUACAUCAUUACAAAAAAAAAAACACACAUCAGCUCAGCAGCUCAGGUGAGCGCUUUCAUUCUACGUUUUAGACUUGCUCAAAAUGGCAAUUUUAGUUGAAAAUGGCUAGUGUUUGAAAUAAAAGGACGGCCAUUUUGGGUGAAAGCAGCGUUUUUAAGCAAAGAAUUUCCAACUGAAUGUCCUCACCUGCUUCAGUUAUUUUUCAUACACUCCUCAUAAGCAUAUACAGGAUCAAAAGAGACAUUGCAGAGUCAUGCGUAACUAUUAAGGCACAAAAGGUGAGAAAAUUGUUCACCGUGUGUAUAGUUUUUAACCCGUUCACUGCCAUUGAGGGCGAUAGACGUCAACCUAUUUUGAAUGGAAAGAAUGCUGUGGUAACUUGAUAACAGAUUAGCCUCUCUUUCUCAAAUUUGCAGGGGUAGCAAAUAUGGCGAUGCUUUGAAUUUGGUUUCUCGGGUGAAACCUGCAAUCUCGUUUACUAUACUCAGAGGGGGGUAGAAUAGCCAAAAGUUUCACUCAAGUAAGAUUAGUGUUACUUCAAGCCAAAUUAUAUUACUAAAGUAAAAGUAGUCAUAAAAUAAUGUACUCAAGUACAAGUUAAAUAGUAUUUGGUGAAAAGAAAACGCAAUAAGUAACAUUGUGAGUAACUGCUUAUGAUGUUUGAUUUUCAUU